CACCGAGGCGGGUCCCGUUCGCCGAUUGGUUUGCGCGAGGUGCCCGUCAAACUCGUCACCGCCCUCUCAUCAUGCAGCAUGGGCGAAAGCAGCGGUAGACCGACGAGCGACAUCUGAAAAGCGGUCCGGUUCGUUUUCGAGGAUCUCGAGUGCUUCAAAGUGAUGUUCCUACAAUGCCGAUCGUGGACAAACUCAAGGAGGCGCUAAAGCCCAGUCGAAAGGAGCCGGGCGACGACGGCGACCUGAACAAGCUGCUGGCCUCCUCGGCCAAGAAGGUGCUCCUGCAGAAGAUCGAGUUUGAGCCCGCGAGCAAGGGUUUCUCCUACCAGCUGGAAAGCCUGAAGAACAAGUAUGUCAUCCUCAAUCCCAGGAACGAGGACGGCGCCGGGCAGAAGGCGGCCGAGCCCCCCCAAAUCAAGAGGCAAGUUUCAGAGAACACGGUCGGGGGCCAGGGCGACGGCAUCGCCGCGCCGCAGAAAAUGCUCUUCCCGGCCAACAAGCUGACCCUCAAGUGGGAGCGAGUGUACAGGGUGGGGGCCGGCCUCCACAACCUGGGCAACACCUGCUUCCUGAACUCCACCGUGCAGUGUCUCACCUACACGCCGCCGCUCGCCAACUACCUGCUCGGCAAGGAGCACAGCCGCGUCUGCCACCAGUCGGGUUUCUGUAUGAUCUGCGUCAUGCAGAACCACAUCAUCCAGACCUUUGCCAACACGGGCAACGCCAUCAAGCCCGUCUCCUUCAUCAGAGACCUGAAAAAAAUUGCCCGACAUUUCCGUUUCGGUAGCCAGGAGGACGCACACGAGUUCUUGCGGUACACCAUUGACGCCAUGCAAAAAGCUUGUCUCAACGGCUACCCAAAGCUUGACAGGCAGACGCAGGCCACCACACUAGUGCACCAAAUCUUUGGAGGUUACCUGCGCUCAAGAGUGAAAUGUUCCAUUUGUAAAAGUGUGUCCGACACGUAUGACCCUUACCUGGACAUCGCAGUGGAGAUUCGGCAAGCUGUCAACAUUGUGCGAGCUUUGGAGCUCUUUGUUAAACCUGACGUUUUGAAUGGAGAGAACGCCUACAUGUGUGCCAAGUGCAAAAAGAAAGUGCCGGCGACUAAGCGCUUCACCGUCCAUCGAACAUCAAAUGUGCUGACGCUUUCCCUCAAAAGGUUCGCCAACUUCAGCGGAGGGAAAAUAACAAAGGAUGUGGGCUAUCCAGAGUGCCUCGACAUCCGGCCCUACAUGUCUCAGAGUUCAGGCGAUCCCGUCAUGUACGGCCUCUACGCCGUCCUGGUCCACUCCGGCUACAGCUGUCACGCCGGACACUACUACUGCUACGUCAAGGCAAGCAAUGGACAAUGGUACCAAAUGAACGACUCCAUGGUGCACUCUAGUAACAUCAAGGUGGUCUUGAACCAGCAGGCUUAUGUGCUUUUCUACCUGAGGAUCCCGGAAACAAAGAAGAACGCGGACGGGUACAUUGGCAAACAGGGAACGUUGCAUUCUGGGAAGAACAGUGUUUCGUCAGAGCAAAUAAAGCGGCUCAAUCUCAACGGACCGCUCUCUUCCCCGCAGGUCACCAAGAAACUCGAGCCAGCGCAACUGCGUAAGAUCCAGUCCAUGGACGGCGGGUUGGGCCUGCCGGUCGCCAGAAACAACACGAGCAACCAGCCGCCGCCCCAGCCUCGACUCUCCAGCUGGGCGUCAUCUUCCAACGGCGCCCCCAAGCUCUCCAGCGGGCCCACGGUUAUUGAGGAGCCCUUCAAGAAGCUGAAGAAGCCCUCCCCUCAGAGCCAGACGCGCUGCGGCACGCCGAUGCCGUCCAUCGGCAACGGCAGGGCGGACGAAGACAAAAAGCAAGAUGGUGGAAGAGGCCUCACUGCGUCUACCUCAUUCAAGUCUCUGUCCGACUCCUCCUUCGCCGACACAACCGAAUCAAAGGACAGCGCGAGUCCUAAGAGCGCACCCGCAGGAGGCGCUCCCGCUACCUCUCGCAAAGCUUCAAGCGGCGCGGCGUCUCCGGCCAAGAGCCUGGAGCGCUCGCACAGUGCCGAGGAGCACAAGACGGCGAAAACAAAACCGCCGGUCCUCAACAACAUCACGUCGGAAGCCAACGGCAGCACCAUGUCGCCGCCGCCCGCCAAGAAGCUGGCGCUGUCGGCCAAGAAGGCUCGCAGCCGGAGUCUGAACAGCAUUGAGGCUCCGCGGCGGCUGUCCGGCGACCCCCUUCAUCCAAAUCACCCAAACCACCCCGCCGCCACUCCCGACACUCACAGAGCUUUACCGCAUUCCCCGGAAAACCACUCAUCGCCUUUGAAAUGGUCCCUCCUCGCUGCGUCGCUCACGCCGCACGCCGACGCCUCCCUGAACGGCUUCCGCCGUCCCGCGCAACACAGCCCCGAGUCUUCCCAGCAGCCCCAAGAAGAACCAAACGGCCCACCAACUCAAAAGGUCAACCAAAAGAGGAAGAGGAAAAAAAAGCGGCGGUGCUCCGAGGCAGAAGCCGACGCGGGCGCGGCGGCAACUGCGCCGUCCAACCUCGCUGGUGAAAAGAAGAAAAAGAGGAAACGAAAGAGAGAGCAAGACGACGGAGAGAAGACAGCACCGAGAGAGAGCGCCCCGUCGCAUCUGGACCCGCCCGAGCAGGAAGAGGACGACUGGUGCCAGGCUGGCAUUUGGAGUCUCUCCCGCCCUCAGGUAGCCGAGGACCCCAAGCAAAAGCCACCGACGUGUCAGACCAACGGGAAAGAACACGCGGUUGACUUUGGAUUGUUAAAGAAAAAGAAGAAGAGAAAGAAGAAGAAAAAAGUGACGCCGAAAGCUCCGCAGGAUACAAACGCACCGUGUGUCGCGUCAGAAAGCCGUACCGAGGCCGCUGCCGAUCUCAGCGACGAGAUUGUGCGCACAAAGAAAGUGAAAGCCAAGAAGAAGAGGCUGAAAGAAGAAGAGGAAGAAGAGAGUCGGCCCAGCUCAGACGGACAGAACGGUGACGCAGCGGAGCCCCCGCCCAAAAAGAAAGCGGCGGGGGAUGAAAAGCCACGCAAACGGAGCACGGCGUCGGUGGUGAUUUGGGACAGCCAGGUGAAGGACGGCUACAGGCGUUGCCCGGCGCCAGCGAGCGACGCUUCGGGAGAAGUGCUGGCGCGCGCCUGGGACGGCAAAAAGAGCAGCGAAGUGGUGGAGGAGCUGCUCCGGAACGCCUCGGACAGAGCCUACGGCGCUAGCGUCCUCAGUUGGGACGGCGACGUCUCCGCCAUCAGUCGAGAUGCCGCCCAAGAUGUCCGCCGUGCCAAGUCGGACACUGUGAUCGACGAAUGGGACGAAGACUUCGACAGUGGAAAGGUGAAGAAAAUGAAGAGCUACAAGAGAGAAAAGUGGCGGGGCGGCGGCAGCAUCUUCCAGAAGAUCCAGGACCGCCGCAACAAGUGGUCGGUGAUGCCCGGCGGGAAGCGAGCCUUCGCCGGGCGUCGCUGACGCUCGCCGGCUGGACGCCGAGACGACACCAAAAAGAAGAAGGAAAAAAACCCAACCUUGUAACUCUUCCACUUUUUUGUUCUCACUUAUGAAUGAGCCAAUCACAAAGAGUGGGACUGAUGGACCACCAUUUUGUAUCUCCUGCUUCAGGUUCUUCUCGCCUCCCCCCCGGCCCCCUUUCCAUGCUCUUGUCCCAUUUUCAACACCUCUGUGCCAACCGGAUCUGCCUCAGAUUCAGUUCUUUAUGCUUUGGGGGAUUUCUAAAAUUGUGUUCGGAUUUUAUACUAUUUAUCUGCCAGUGUUUUAUGUUGCAGUGCAGAGUGUCUCGUUUUUAAGGACGGACCAGUUUUGGUUUUUUUUUUAACACCCCCGUCGCCCCCUCCCCUCCCCGUCCACAAUUUAUGAAGCUCCAGACGUGAUGUGGCCCAUUGUGGGCGCAAUAUCCGAUAUAAUGUGUGCACAAAGGAGAGUUUGGCAAGGAAAUGGCGUGGUACCUUUGCUCGGUUCUAGCAAAGGUGCGCAUCAUUUUCUUACCCUGAUGUCCACCAGAACGAUGGCACACUAAACUCGCUAUUUUGGGCAGAUGAUAUAUCAUAGUAAUAAUAUAUUUCACUGCCACAAAUUAGCAUUUUGUGCUCAUGCUAUGUCUAUUGUUUCCACAAUUUAGUUUUUUUCUUCUUGGCCUUUUUGCACCCGGGCCGAGGUCAUGUCACAUUUGGAACAAUUCUCCCCUCCACCUUAUUACUUUAUUAUUAUGCACAGGUUCAUAUGAGAUUCAACCCCACUGCUCUGGUUAAUAGUGCAUUUGCAGUGGGGGAGUUCAACGUUGCAUUUGUUUUUUGCUCCACGUUCAUCGGUCGAAUUCGUGAAUUUUUAGCUCUAUGCAAUUGUUUUUUUCCCCCUCGCUGCUUGUCACCUCCACGAACUGGACGGAGACUCAGGAAGGCCGUCCCCGUCUUUACUGUACGCUGUCUGCUGCGUGACCCCCCCCCCCCCCCCCAAAACACCACCAAAGGUUGAGCGCGCUGGGAAAAAUGCAAAGUCGUCUGGCACCAGAGCAGGAUUUCCUCAAAAAUCUGGUCACGUACCGAUGCUAACACCCCCCCCCCCC